UACACGCCGUCGGGCGCACCCCCUCGGGGCUAAGAUUGCCUCUUCCGUGUUCUUGGCUGAGCGAGCUGCUGGCUGGGAGUGUGCGACAGGCCCUGCCGGGAGUCAGCUGAGAUAUUCAUGCCAGGUAUGAUGAAGCAGAGGCCAAUGGAAAACUGAAGAAUGUCUGCUAUGUACAGAGGCCAUUGAAACACUUCCUGCAGCUGGAAGACAGCAGCCCCCUGACAGGAGCAUUAUUGCAUUUGGAAUUUCAAGUUUACAGAGGGUCUGCUUUGCAAAGUUGGGCAGACCUAUAGUUUCAAAAACAACUCUCCUUCAACAAGUUCUGUUUCCAAGGAAAGUCUUAACCAUUUGUCCCUUCUGGCGCACCCUCUUCCAUUGAAAUCCAUGCAGAAUAGACCAGAGAUGGGCAGCAGUGAACCCGUUCCCAUUGCAGAAAGUGACAAGAGGAAGAAGAAGAAGCGGAAGGCCCGGGCCACUGACUCCUUGCCAGGAAAAUUUGAAGAUACGUACAAACUGACCUCUGAGCUGCUUGGAGAGGGAGCCUAUGCGAAAGUUCAGGGUGCCGUGAGCCUGCAGAAUGGCAAGGAGUAUGCUGUCAAAAUCAUUGAAAAACAUGCAGGACACAGUCGGAGUAGGGUAUUUCGGGAGGUGGAGACGCUGUAUCAGUGUCAAGGAAACAAGAACAUUCUGGAGCUGAUUGAGUUCUUUGAAGACGACACAAGGUUUUACUUGGUCUUUGAGAAAUUGCAAGGAGGCUCCAUCCUGACCCACAUCCAGAAGCAGAAGCACUUCAACGAGCGAGAAGCCAGCCGAGUGGUGCAGGAUGUCGCUGCAGCCCUUGACUUCCUGCAUACCAAAGGCAUUGCUCACCGUGAUCUGAAGCCAGAAAAUAUAUUGUGUGAAUCUCCAGAAAAGGUGUCUCCAGUGAAAAUCUGUGACUUUGACUUGGGCAGUGGGGUGAAACUGAACAACUCCUGCACCCCCAUAACCACACCAGAGCUGACCACUCCAUGUGGCUCUGCAGAAUAUAUGGCCCCUGAGGUGGUAGAAGUCUUCACGGAUGAGGCCACUUUUUACGACAAGCGCUGUGACCUGUGGAGCCUGGGUGUGGUCCUCUACAUCAUGCUGAGUGGCUACCCGCCCUUUGUGGGUCACUGCGGAGCCGACUGUGGCUGGGACCGGGGAGAGGUCUGCACAGUGUGCCAGAACAAGCUGUUUGAGAGCAUCCAGGAAGGCAAGUAUGAGUUUCCUGACAAGGACUGGGCUCAUAUCUCCAACGAGGCCAAAGACCUCAUCUCCAAGCUCCUGGUUCGAGACGCGAAACAGAGACUGAGUGCCGCCCAAGUUCUGCAGCACCCGUGGGUGCAGGGGCAAGCUCCAGAAAGGGGACUCCCCACGCCGCAAGUCCUCCAGAGAAAUAGCAGCACAAUGGACCUGACGCUCUUUGCGGCCGAGGCCAUCGCCCUUAACCGCCAGCUGUCUCAGCACGAGGAGAAUGAACUGGCGAAGGAGUCAGAGGUGCUGGCUGAGGGCCUCUGCUCCGUGAAGCUUUCCCCUCCCUCCAAGUCACGCCUGGCCCGCCGGAGGGCGCUGGCCCAGGCAGGCCGCAGUGGAGACACGCAACCGAGCCCGACACCCACAGCGCUCUGACCCACUCCGGGCCCCAGGCCUUGCCCCACUGGAAACCUGUGAGGGGCCUGCUCUGCGGCUCCAUCCAGGCCUUUUCAUCCACAGAGGCUCUCGUCCUCCUUUCCCCAGAGUCCUCAAGGAAAAAGCUUUUCCCGAAGGGGUUGUCUUUGAAAGGGAAACUAUCACUUGUCACUUUGCAUAAUCGCCUGCGGCAGGGACAUCUCUUUACUGGGCUCCUGCCCACCUGCUCACCCGCCUGCGGAUCGAGGAUCCAGCCCGCUCUCACUGGCUGGGGCUGCGGCCUUCAGGGAGCCAGCCUUGAGAAGCGUCAGUUGACAGAGGCUCUUCCCUCUCUCUGCACUGUCACCCCCCUCUGGCGGUCCUUCCACCUUCCUCUGUCCUCCGGACGUCCUCCCCCUUGGCUGAGCGAAGCCAUCCCCUCAAUUCAGGGAAGGGCAGGGAGCCUUCUGCAUUCAGGAAGCCAGAUCAGUCUUCCAGUCGAUAGCGCAGAGAAGCACAUAAUCUUUCUUUGCCAUGACCAAAAUGUGUCCGUCAUUUAUCAUCCUCUUCCUUGUUUGGGAUUGCUGCUAAAGUCAGUAUUAUUUCGUUUUUUUACAACAUUUGGCAUUUUUUCUAACCGUGCUCUUCCGACAAAGAUGAGACUUUAAACUCCCACUGUGAGCCCGUGGACUUUCCAGAGCUCUUAGGGUUCACUCUUCUCUCCUGAAUUUCCAUGCACUUGGAAGGUUUUAAUGAGCUAUUUCCUCUUACUCUAACUGGUUUUAAGCUGUUCAGAUGACGAGUGACUUAGGGACCAGUGUGUCUGCUGCUUCCUUCCUCGAGCCGGCGUGGAGGGCAGCGCGGGUCUGGGGCACUGAGGGGCUCUGCGCCUGCUGUGGAGCCAGUCCGGGGGCUGCCCGGCCACCCUGCUCUGAGCCGUGUGGUGCCUUCUGCUGGGGAGCUGAUAGCUGAGCAUCAGCCGAGCUGCUUAGAAGAAAAUCGAUUUGCAUAUGUCAGAUGUUCUUACAACACAAGGAUGCUAUUAUGCAUUGUGCUUAUUUUAAUAAAACUGUUUUAAAUUCUA